CAGGAGCAGUAGCAAGUUUCUAGUUUAUUCUCCAUUACUUCACAAGUCGACAUCUCUUUGCUUUUAGGUUUGUCAUACUAAUGUGCACACUCGUUCCUCGAGUCAACCUGAGACUUGCGUGCUAAUGUUAAAACUACUCCUAACCUCGUUUCUUCUGUGCCAAUACUCGGUUCAAGCAGAGCCGGGAAUAUUCUACAACCCCCCAACUGGAGGCCCUAUUCAUGUCUACAGGGACAACCCAGUCUACGAACUUGAGCAAAUGGUUCAGUUAAGAUGGGCGACCAGUUUGGAAAGUAUAUCCAUAAUUCUAUGGCAAGAUGAUAAUCCCCAUUUUGAAUUGCUUCAAACAAACCUAUCGGAUAUCACAACGUAUAACUGGAUCGUAUCGACCCAGCGAAGUCUAGAUGAUGGUAAUGUUUUCUUUUUCCAGAUCCGAGAUGCCGACGAAGCGGAGAGCCCGGAUUUCUUUGCUAGCCAUUACUUCAAUAUCACUAAAAGGACGAAAGAUUCGACAACAACAACGACAACAUUGUCAAUAUCAGUAUCAUCAUCCACAACAGUGUCAGUUGCCCCAGCACCGAGACCAACUAGUGAGGCAUUGGCACCAACCAGAGUGAGCUUAACGCCAGCUAGCACAACACCAACAAUAACAUUAACCGACGCGCUUACCACAUCAGCGACUUCGUUAAUCUCUACCACAUCACCCAUUUCACCCUUAUAUCCGAGCAAUAGCGGUGCAAUCUCACCGCAAGCAAAGGUGGGACUUGGAGUUGGCGUCGGACUCGGAUGUGCAUUCCUAUUGACUCUUGCGAUCGUUAUCUGGUAUUUCCAGCUGCGACCGAGGUACUUUCAAGCUGACAGGGCUCAAAACUUGCUCUCGGGAAGUACUGGGGUUGAGUAUAAAUCAUGCAUCUUCAAACCUCGGUCAGCCUGUCUAGUCGAAGUUCCUGGACAUCAACUUGCACAUCAUGAGCUGGCGUCAUGACGUACUAU